CUCCUUUUUAAAACACUGGGUUGAUGCCGCGCCUGUCUUCCCAGUGGCGACCCGAAACAGCUUGCAGCCUUCUCCUUCGCAACAACCCUAACUGCCUCUUCAUACAUUCAUUAAGCUUCUCCAGACCCUCAGAAUUCUCUGGUUGUUAUACUGGGAUGUAAGAAAAUACCUGCUUUCCCCAAGUGUUCCUAUUCAGACCUGUUGUUUGAGCCAUUGAGCAGUUUCAUUUUUGAACAGCAAACGGAGAACUGCUCGCAUUGGUGCUGCUGCUCCAGCUGCGUGUGUGUGUGUGUUAUAAAAAGGAUGGUGUUUCUGUAGCUGCCACACACAGCACAUUUGACCAUGAGGACUCUUCGCAGGUUGAAGUUCAUGAGUUCGCCCAGCCUCAGUGAUCUGGGCAAGAGAGAGCAGGCAGCCUUGGAUGAGCGAGGAACCCAGCAGCGACGGGCCUGCUCCAACGCCACCUGGAACAGUAUCCACAAUGGAGUAAUAGCCGUUUUCCAGAGAAAAGGGCUUCCAGAACAUGAGCUUUACAAUCUCAAUGAUGGAGUCCGGCAGCUGCUGAAAACUGAGCUGGGAUCCUUUUUUACAGAAUAUUUACAGAACCAGCUUCUUACAAAAGGCAUGGUGAUCCUGAGGGACAAGAUCCGGUUUUAUGAAGGACAGAAACUUUUGGAUACCUUGGCUGAAACUUGGGAUUUCUUUUUCAGUGAUGUGCUGCCCAUGCUUCAGGCCAUAUUCUAUCCUGUGCAGGGGAAAGAGCCCUCUGUCCGCCAGCUAGCUCUUUUGCACUUCAGAAAUAUUAUAACCCUCAAUAUCAAACUGGAAGAUGCUUUGUCCCGUUCCCGAGCAAGGGUUCCUCCUUCAAUUAUUCAGAUGUUGCUUAUCCUUCAGGGUGUUCAUGAAUCAAAAGGAGUGACAGAAGACUACUUGAAACUGGAAUACCUGAUACAAAAGGUUGUUUCCCCUUACCUGGGCACCUAUGGCUUGUACUCGAGUGAGGGGCCUAUCAGUCAUUCUUCCUGUAUUUUAGAAAAGCAGUUCUUCCGGUGCUCUAAAUCAGCAGACGUCCUUGCGAAGAAUCCUGUGGUGAGAUCUAAAAGUUACAACAACCCCCUGCUGACUCCAGUAGCCGAGUAUGAAUCAGAGGCUGCAGUCCCCAACAGCUCUGGCAUCCGAAGGCACUCUGUCUCUGAGAUGACUUUGUGUAUGGAGAUGCAGGACUACGCCAGUCUGAUGACAAUCAUGGAUAGCAGCUCCAAGAAUUCUAUGGCUGCCACCAAAAACUCAAUCUUGGGAGAGCCAGAAAGGCUUCCCACUGGCUCUGUACAGUGCACUGGCCACCUCAAGUCACCUGAGCCACCGAAAGGACUCUCAUACCCAGGAGAUGACCAGAACAGGGCAUUUGAGCUGGCCAGAGACCCAGAUGCCAGGGCCAUAGCCCCUACAGCCAGCCCUGAGAAUAUAGUGGAUCAGAUCUUGGAGUCAAUAGAGUCAGAUUCCGAUGGAAUCUUCAUUGGUUUUGGCCAAAGCUGCUCCAGUUCUUCAGGGUGCAAUGUGGAUGUGAACAGCCAGAGCAUUGUCUGAAGGUCUCUGGGUGAGAACCUCUGUUUAUGCUUAAGAGCACAGCUUUGGGAUUCAGGAAAACCUGUCUUGCAACGGAGUCUUCUGAAAUACUUGGAUAAUCAGGAAUAGAGGGAGGAGAUGCCCUUCUGACCAGAGUGAUAUGUGGGGGACUGGUAGAACAUUUAGGUGAUGGUGGUACCAUUUAAGCUUAGGUGUCAGACAGUGUUUCUGGCCAGGGGCCUUCAGUGGCAAGCCAGGCCCAUCGGAAGGACAGGCCCUACAGUACGGGAAGGCCUGGCUGGGGCAAGAGGACCUGCAGGGCCAUGCCGGACCUGCUCUCCAGCCUGCCUCUCCUGUGCGGCACCAGCUCCACAAGCCAGAGGCAAAGGGGGCUGCACACUCAGCUGAUGCACUCACCCACCCUGGACAUGACUGGCCGCCGCUGUUCUUUCUUUUGCUCCACCGCUUAGGCCUGACUCAUACAUUACCCUUGUGGUGUGGGAACAGCUUCCUCGGGGGGGGGGGGGUCCUGCACUGCACCAGUUAUGCUUGUAAACAAGAGCCAGGGGUCUGACAGAUGAUGUGCUUCCUUCCUAUAGGUGCAUGUCCAGUUCUCGGAGAUGAGUGACAUUGCUGUAGGUUGUGACUGCCCGGUCCCAGUGAUGAGAUGCUGUUGGCAUGAUGCAGAAUCCAAACAACAGAAAGGGAUUCCCACCCAUUGCACGAAGCACCUAAAUUGGGCUGUAGGAUGUAUCUGUGUGACAGUUUCCAAUCUGGGCUUUAGCAAAAGCUAAAAAUGCAGCUGAAUGUGUCAACGGACUUCUCUGAGAACCAGACUUGGGCUGUUUCCACGCAUCCUAAAAAGAGUGCCCCACUUACUGAACGCUAGUGGCUUUUUCGCAGGAUUUCUGACAUCUCCGUUUGCAAAAUGGAUGCAGGCAGUUUUUGCAGCGCCAC